UCUUUUUUUCAUACACCGCCCAAAAAUAAAAUCACUCAACAGAGAGAAACAUGCCUUCUUCAGGCCUCCUCCUCUACAAUCUCUCUCCUUCUUCCACCAUCAUCAGACCAUCAAAAUCCAACAACUUCAGCUUCUACUCUCCCAAAAGGAGAUUGCAUUGCAAUUCAGUGAGAUCCAACGGUGGUGGUUCUUCGCUCCUUGAUUAUGAUCUGUAUGAUCUCCUGGGCGUCGAUAGCUCCUCCAAUCAAGCCGAGAUAAAGAACGCCUACCGUUCGUUGCAGAAACGGUGCCACCCCGACAUCGCGGGGCCCACCGGCCAUGACAUGGCCAUAAUUCUCAACGAGGCGUAUUCGGUUCUCUCGGAUCCGAAUUCCCGGUCCGUUUACGAUCGGGAGCAAGCGAAAAUGGAAGAAUUCCGAGGUUACACGGGCAAACCAGUGUACUCGAUGUGGUUUGGAUCGGAGAAGGAAGAACGGGCCGUGUUCGUGGACGAAGUUAAGUGCGUUGGUUGCCUGAAAUGCGCCUUAUUCGCCCAAAAAACCUUCGCCAUAGAAUCUGUUUACGGGCGGGCCCGCGUCGUCGCGCAAUGGGCCGAUCCGGAGCAUAAAAUCAACGAUGCCAUACAGUCGUGCCCCGUCGACUGCAUCUCGAUUGUGGAGCGGUCCAACCUUGCUGCCUUAGAAUUUCUGAUGUCGAAGCAGCCACGUGGCAACGUCCGAAUGAGCUCAGGCAACGCCGUUGGGACACGUGUCUCCAACAUAUUCGUUGAUGUGAACAAGUUCCAGAGCAGGUUCCAUGAGAUGAAGGAAAAAGCCAAUAAACGGGAGUCGGAGGAGCCGGACCUCCAAAAAGAAGCAAGAAAUUCAGCCAUGCAAACGAUCAGAUCAAUCUCAAACUGGUGGUACUGGCAAACACCCACAUCUGCAAACCCCACCUCCGAAACUCGCCGUAAUCUGAUACAAAUCGCCGAGAAAUCAACGCAACCUGACACAGAACGGCUCCGAGAAGCAGUGGCCAAGCGUCGAGCAAGAGAAAACAGUCCGCCCACCAAUCAGAAUCCAUUGAAUUACAGACCCGGUGACGAUUACUGGACCCCAACGCACAUCCUCCCUCCUCCGACUCACCGUUCCGAGUCAAAGACAUCGAACUCACCACCGACUCGGUUGAAGGUCAAAGAAGAGACAGCUGGUGCAGUCAUUAGUAAGAAAUGGAGAAAUCCAAUGAGUUCGUGGAUUCCAAUCGCAAUGGCAUUAGUUUCAGAAUUUAUAGUAGGAUUCAAUGGUGGAGAUCGAACUGCGGGGCCGGGAUUGAAAGAACACGUAGGUGGUUCGAUGGUGUUGGAGAUUAUUAACAGCCCUUGGUUGCAGGUGAUCUUAGCAGGUCUAACAUGGUAUUUGAUCGGGGCGGCGAUGGUAGGCGCAGUACAAGUUCUUCAAAGCGAGAGUGGCGGUGCUGAAGAGCAAAAGGAACGGUGAUCAUGGCGUGGGCUGGAAUACAUGAAAUCAGAUGAUAAUUUAUAUAUGUAUUAUAAGUAAUUUAAACCACCAUUAAUGAAAAACGAGUACAAAUUAGGUCUUUUUGCCCGAGUCGACUCAGUGAAAUGACUAGGCCAGUCUGGUUGACUCGGUUCUUCAAAGAAUCCAUAUCAAUGUAUCAAGGUACCAGUGCUCUUAGGUGGCAUUUUUCACAUUUGGGUUGGAGAUAUCAAUUUGAUUCAAGGCUCUGGUACGAUGGACGAUCCAGACAGCAUAAUUCCUUGAGAGUGAAAGAUCCAAAGUGGUGACAGUGGCGGGCCGUCGUAUAUGAAAUCAGAUGAUAAUGUAUAUGUACAUAUUAAUAAGAAGUUUAAAUUAUAUA